AUGCCUAUCUUGCGAGAGGGAAACUUUCUCUUUUCUCCUCUGUUUCUCUCAUUCUUCUCUCCGUCUCUGCUGCUCCCAGAUCGCUCUCACUCCACCAUGCCUCAAUCCCUAGAGCGCGUCGUCAGCGUACGGCAGACCUCUAGCGCAGCUACCGCUCUGCCAUUGGAGCUCCAACAACACGUCUUUUCAUACCUCGAGCCGAAGUCCUUCUACGCCGCGAGGAAAACGUGCAGAUGGUGGCAGUUUGCUGCCACAGCCGCGGUGCCGUUGGCGAAGCAGCUACGACGGAUGCCGAUCCUACCGCUGGUAGAUGCAGCGAGCUCCACGCCUCGCGAGUUGGAGGAUCUAUACAGUGAGGCUACACGGACAUUGAUGAUUGGAGUGCAUGCAGAAAGGGCAUAUGAUACACCGGGAAGCCUCACCAAAGCCGGGAAGUUGGGCAUACACAUCCAUGCUCGCGUGGUAGCGACUCCAGACGGCAAUCGUACAGUUGUUCUCAAUGGUCGCUCAAUCGAACUCUACGACACGUCCGGCGACGAGCGAAUACUCAUAUCUCAACGAACAAUCAACGACCUGAAAGAGACGGUAGGGAACGGACCAUGGUUGAAAGUGCAGCCCAACGACAGCAAUGAAUUAAGCCUCUCACCUGACGGCCGACUUCUAGCCAUCGCACAAGAACGAACGAUUCAGAUAUACGACCUCCUCGACACACCGGACAGCUUCACCGUGAACGAAUACCUCUCCUCCGCCACAGGACAUUACAUCUCCGGCCUCGAAUUCGAACAGAACAACCACCUGCUUCGUGUGCAGCUCAGCGGAAAGGGCACAGUCCUCUAUCUCGGAUCUCCUCCUAGCAGUGACAACGAAAUCGCCACAAUCACACACUGGAAAUCAAAACUCGGGCUCCGCAACACCUUUCUCGAUUCCGCGCUACUCUCCCUCCCUACCUCCUCCGAAUCCGAAUCCACAUUCCCCUCCCGCAUUUCCGGCAUACAACUCCUCCGCCCUUUUCAAAACGGUCACCUCUUCGCCGGCCAACUCCACGCCUCGACCUCUCCGAGCUGCUACAUCCUCUUCCACCUCUCCCCGUCCACCACCACGCCCACCCUCCUCGCCCGUUCGGAAUCCUUCCUCAGCAGUUGGGACUACACCUUACACACCGCCGCCUCCCAGAUAGGUGGUAUGGGAUUGUGGGAGAAUAUGCCGUCCGCACAUGAACAUCACGCGAGAUUUGCGGUAGGAUUGAGCAAGGACGAGAAGGAAGAUGGAUGGCUGGUUGUGGUGGAGAAGGACAAGAAAAGGAUACGCCCGAGAGCGUUGAGUCAGGUGUUUGUUUACAAGAUUCCUGGGAGCGAGAUUUUGCGGAGGACAAUUGAGCAGGCGGAGAGGGAGAGGAGGACCAGGACGGCGAAAGAGAAGUUCUUGGAGAUGUUGGAGGGACAGCAGGAUGAGGAGGAGCAGCUGGAGAGAGUACAGUUUACGGUCCCACGACUCCCGCUUUGUCUUACGACGCUGCAGGGCGAGGUGACGCGGUUGAGUAUUGAGAUGGACGAUAUGUCAGCGGAUAAGGAGAGGAGGGCGACAGUGGUGGCUUCCACGGCGGACACGACAAGGACGUGGGUGUUGAAUGAGUGUUGUUGA